GCGAAAGAAAAUUUUGGACGGCACAAUAUCCUUGAGCAACAGAAGAUGGGGGGCCAAGAAUCAACGAUGAAAUUAAGGUACAAGUUGCUGAGUAAUAAUAUGAAUACAUGAAGAUAUAUCCUGAUCUUUAAAGGUUUUCAAGUGUUGAUACUCCUUCGAUCUGAUAGGCGAAUUUAAAAUAUACAAUUCAUUAGGAGAGAAAGAAGAGAAGGCAAGUUAGUAGAUGGGGAAAAAAAGGGGGGCGCCCUUGGAAGAAUGGGGGGGGAGCCUAGGGAAAAGGGGGGCACGGAAGUGAGACCGGACGGUAUCUUUGCAAUCGCUUGUUGGAUGGAAAUUAUCAUAUUUAUGAAUAAAAAAGACUGUUUUCGCCAAUUGCAAUGAAAUAUGAAUAAUUGCAGAGAUGAGCAAGAGCCGAAAUCAUUUGACGACAUCUCGUCCGCCGGAACACCAAGUACCAGUUCUCCGCAGUUUGCGUCUACCGACAUGUUAUACGCUGCGGCGUCGGUACCAGAACUAAGAUCCAACCCCAUAAGACCUAAGGAGUUACUGAGAAACCUGCGGAAGUACCAUAAAGAAACAGUCCGCUUACCAGCCAGUGACACACAGUGGGCUAAACAACUUGUCUACAGCCAUACCCAGAAACUGCUCGAGUUUUGCAAGCGGGAGACUGGGGUUGUUCGUAACAUGGAGUACACUGGCUCUAUGUAUGAGAGACUGGAAACUAAGAAGAACAAUGAGUUUGAAGUUAUGGUUGUCUUGACGACGGGUUCCGAAGAUGUUUCAGUCGAAGAAGUUGUUCCAGGACUGUAUACCAAACUCAAAUUGAACACUGAACAAGCUGAUACGAAACUUGUCAAGUUUACAGACAACUUUGAUUAUCUGCGCCCUGAUAAGAUGCGAAACUUACUUGACAAAGUCGCCCAGACAUGGACCGAAAGCUCAAAAAGAUUCUCCGAUGGAACGAGAGUGCGGACUCACAAGCAUGGAACAGCGGUUGAGAUGAUUAUCCGGGAUACUAAUAGAGGAGGCUCUGUAACCGCGCAGUUGGUGCCUUGUGUAAAGAUCGAGGAUGACGCCGGAAUGUCGCGAUAUUUCGUGCCGUGCGCUUUUCAAGAAUACACAAAAUUCGAGUUGGAAAAUAACACAGAGCGUGCGAUUUUGUGGCGGAAAUCAUUUUCGCUGCGUGAAAGAGAGUUGCUGUCCAGUUUAGACCGUUCCGGAAGUACUUGUCGUACGGAAUGUCUAAAAGUUCUCAAAUUCCUUUUCAAUUCCGACAGAAAGCUGCGCCCUUUUCAUUUCCACAUGCUAAAAACAGCCUUUCUACACUAUCAUAGUCUUGAUCAAGACUGGCGCUCAGAUCAGCUUGGGGAGAGAUUCCUGGGCAUGUUGAGGUACAUUCGGGAGUGUAUCACGAAAAAAGAUUUGCCGCAUUACUUCGUUCCCCGUGUUAAUCUGAUGAAAGUGCUCAGUGUCUCGUCACGUAACAGCAUCGGCGCAAGACUGCAGCAGUUACUCACAAAUGAAAAACAGUUGUUCUAUGCAAUUUCGGGAUAG